ACCCGCUCGCACGGUUGGCGGAACGUCAAAACGCGCUAUCCGUCUUGACAUACUUAGCGCUUACUGCAGUCAGUUAAUAUUAAGUGGCGUUUUCCUCUAGCUGGCGCUGUUCUUUGAGAAGCAGCGCCUCUGUAACUAGCGUCAGGUUGCGUGGAAGGUGUGUGGUGCUGUCAACAGUGCCAACGGGACAUUCGUCGAGCAUCCCGUCCCAUACAACACGCGUCUCUUAACCAGCGCGGUUACGGCGAUCUGACGUGAUUGACCUCCAGACAGUGCUAAGGCAUCAAGCUUAACCUUGGCGCGCCGCAUCAAAGAAGUUUGAUUCAAUUUUAUUCGGUGGCAAGGGGUAUCACUGCGGUUCGGCACGAUACACACUGUGCGUCAGAGCAGUCGUUGCUGGGGUAUACUCGCGAAGUGCCAUUUCUUCCGGGGUGAUCUUCAACAGGUAGCCGUCAGCAUGUAUCACCGUUUAGCGGGUUUGUUAGCUCGGGGUACGUAUCGCGCGGCGACUAGAGUUUACUCGACUGAAGUGCCAAAAGAUGCGGAGGUUGUCGUUAUUGGUGGCGGUAUCAUCGGUUGUUCGACAUUGUAUCAUUUGUCUAAGCGAGCCUGCCGUGCAGUAUUAGUUGAACGGGAUCGGUUGACGUCAGGAACUACCUGGCACACUGCAGGCCUUGUCUGGCGACUCCGACCUAGCGAUACUGAUAUACAAGUACUCAAUCACACGCGGCAUUUGCUCAAGCAUGCCUUAAGAAAGGAAACGGGUUUGGACACAGGAUUUAUCGAGAACGGAGGUCUUUUUCUGGCCAACAACAAGGAGCGGCUAGACGAAUACAAGCGCCUCAUGACAAUUGGGCGUGUGUUAGGUGUCGAAUCGUAUAUACUCACACCCGCUGAGACAAAGAAACUCUACCCUCUACUGAACGUUGAUGACCUCUAUGGAGCUCUGUACUCACCAGGCGAUGGCUGCGUCGACCCUACAAGUUACUGUGCUGCUCUGACUAAAGCCGCUACCAGGAAUGGAGCUACGAUUAAGGAACAUUGUCCUGUUCUGGAUAUCGAAACGAAGCUGGACGACUUUGGAGUAACGCGCGUCACUGGAGUCCGCACUUCGAAAGGCUUUAUAAAAACGUCACAGGUUGUGAACUGCAGCGGCGUGUGGGCGCCUAAAAUUGGCACAAUGGUUGGAGCUGCUGUACCGCUUAUACCUAUCAAGCACGCUUACAUUACCACCGAAAAAAUAGCAGGCAUAGAAAAUAUGCCAAACGUUCGAGAUCAUGACCUAUCACUGUACUUCCGUCUGCAGGGUGACGCCCUGGCUGUGGGUGGUUAUGAACCAAAUCCUAUUAUCCUAGAUAAGGUCGAUGACAACUUUUCCUUUGGCUUGUAUGAUUUGGACAUGGACGUGUUCGGAAUACAUCUACAACAGGGCAUUAAACGAUGUCCGAUUCUCGAGAAGACAGGAUUAAAGUCGACUAUCUGUGGACCCGAGUCAUUUACAGCCGACCACAAACCAUUACUUGGUGAAGACGUAAACGUGCGCGGCUUCUUCCACGGUUGUGGUUUUAAUUCUCUGGGCAUAAAUGGCAGUGGUGGGUGUGGACGGGAGCUCGCAGACUGGGUUCUAGAUGGCAGACCCCAACUAGAUAUGUUCGCUUACGAUAUAAGACGAUUUUCCCCUCGGGUCACGUCAAACCUCCGAUGGUUAAGGGAACGAUCUCAUGAGGCAUAUGUUAAAAGUUACUCGAUUGUAUAUCCACACGAUGAGCCUCUUGCGGCGCGUUUGAUGAUGAAAGAUCCGUUGUUUGACGAUUUUCUCAAUCAAGGUUGUGUGUUUCAAGAACGACAAGGCUUCGAGAGGCCAGGCUGGUUUGCAAAAGAUGGCCGAAACGAGAUCUUGGAAUAUGAUUAUUACGAAAGCGUAGGUCGAAGAUAUCAUCAGAACUACAAGUAUCGGAGCAAGCUUAGCAUGGAUUAUACAUUCGAAUUUCCUAAGCAACACAAUAUUCUUCGAGAGGAAGCCCUUGCUUGUCGAGAACACGUUGCCAUUUUCAACAUGACCUAUUUUGGGAAAUUUUUAUUGACUGGGCCAGAUGCUCAGAAGGCAGCUGAUUGGCUUUGCUCAAAUGAUGUCCACCGAAAAGAAGGGUCUACGGUAUAUACUUGCCUCCUCAAUAAAAACGGAAGGGUCGAAGCGGACUUAACUUUCAGCGUACUGAAGGGAGAUAUAGGAGCGACCCCAGUUAAUCCCGCAUUUGAUGGCGUUGGCUUCUAUAUCGUAACUGGUGGAGGACCUGCUCUGCAGGCGUGGACGCAUAUUAAGCAGACAAUCGAAGACCAGCAAUUUCAGUGCCACCUAUUUGAUUAUUCAGACCAGAUCGGAAUAUUGAGUAUUCAGGGUCCACAGAGUCGUGAGCUCCUGCAGGCGCUUACGUCCGCUGAUCUCAGCGAUGAAGCAUUUCCAUUUUCAACGCAUCAAAUGAUUAACUUCGCCGGCCAUCCCGCGCGGGCAAUACGCUGGACGUUUGUGGGCGAAUUGGGCUGGGAACUGCAUGUGCCCUAUGACGGGAUGCUUGACGUGUACAGAACAAUAAUGCGAGCCGGCGAGAAAUUCGGAUUGCGUAACGCGGGCUAUCGGGCGUUGGAUUCGUUGUCCAUUGAAACAGGAGGAACAUAAUUAAAGCCGCUGGCGUUGUUGAAAUGCCGUGCUACAAAGGAAGUAUCGCCGGUCAGCCAGCACAUAAAGAUGGCUUUAUCCUGUUCGGAUCAGCGCAGUCAAAUAAAAGCAAUAAAUACAGGCUGCUGGAGAUAAAUCGUCCAAGCGUUCAUUAUGUAAAUAAAUAACUUCACUUCACCGGACAAAAUCUCGGUCGGUUGUCUAUAUGCUUCAUCAAAAUAAAAACAUAUAUAAAUAGACUGUCCUGCAUGUGCCGACAGAAGUAUCCCUUACCAGCGUGUUUAUUCAAUAAAAGGGGGUCUAAGCCGCUCACAAAUAACUUUCACAAAUUGCUUCUCUGCAUUUGCGAAUAUCUUCUUUAACACUAACCGUGUUCAAAGGAAUGGUGUAGCGUGCAGUAUCAACUAAUGUAAAUUUCGGACUAAUAGUUGGAUCAAGAAAUGCAAGAGCCCAGAACGUGCAAAAGGAUCAAAAGUCUAACUGUUAGCUGGGCUUGUUUAGACAACGCAGUUAGUAGUAGCACCAGGAAGAGCGCUGCACGCAUACUCGCUAUAACAAAUUGCCUGCCAAAGUGUAUCCCAAUUUUCCCCGAACAACCCGUAUACUCCGUAUUAUUCAGGGUGACGCUAGAAAUAAGAAUAUAUCUACUCUUUUUUUUUUCGGGAUACAAAGAUCGUCCACAGGUGGUAUGUAGUGAAUCGUGCAAAAAUGCUCCCCCAUUGCCGUCUCGUACUGUUAACGACUGACAGCAGCGUGGUAGUAUGCAUAUCGAUUAGUGCUGCCCGCGGGCGCUAACAGCUCUACCACGAUGCCGAUUAGUCACCACCACGAGACAUCAUCUGACCGGCAUCUCUCACGGGGUCCCCUCAUUUUUAUUAUAGCCGGCUAGUAGCUCUUCGUUAGUGUUCUAUGCGACUGUUGCUACGACGAUUGGCAACAAUGAUAAUUCUACUACAAUCAACAAUCGCGGCAUUGACUAGUUUGGGCCCCCUGCUCCGAGCCCAACGUAUUAGACUUCCUUCCAGCUUGGCAUCAGGUAUUAAAUAGUAACAACAUAGAUGUACCACUGUAACCGGCUAUAUUUAGGUGAACGUGGCCAGUGUGCCACGCUGUGUGGGAAAGACAGUUUACAUCCACAGCA